GUCAUGCGUUCACGAAGGUCCGUCAGUUGUUCCCUCACCUUUUAGCUGUGCAUCAAUGUUCUCGUGAGCACAACAGUUUACAAGGGGCGCUCCUCAUUUUCUGCAAGUCUGCAUCUCGUCAAAUGCUCUCAUGUGCACUAAAUGGCCGAUUCAAAACAAGAAGCUCGUAAAGAAAACGGGCUAGGUGGGCAUGGCCAUGGAGCCUCUAAGCCCCCUGGUUCUGCUGGUUGCAUUCAGCAGCUUCCUUGUGUCUCAGUGGCUGUUUCACACAGGGGGCCCCUGGCUGUCCGAGCGCCUCACUCCACACUUCCUCACACUAAACCACACACAGAGGACGGAGUGGAGCACCAGGGUUGUUUCUACAGUCCAUGCCUUCGUUGUGGGACUCCUGUGCCUGUACAUAUUUCUUUUUGAUGAAGCAAUCCAGGAAGAUCCAGUUUGGGCAGACUCAUCACUGGUGAAACUGAGUGUUAGCAUAACCACAGGCUACCUAAUUUCAGAUUUGCUGCUUAUGGUCUACUUCUGGGACUUCAUAGGAGAGAAGAAUUUUUUGAUGCACCACCUCGCUGCCCUUUACGCCUACUGCUAUGUUCUGAGUCAGGGAAUAUUGCCAUAUUUUGCAAAUUUUCGUCUUCUGUCUGAAUUCUCCACUCCCUUCGUAAACCAGCGAUGGUUUCUUCAGGUCCUGGGGUACCACAAGUGUUCCAAACCCAGUCUUGUUAAUGGUGUAGCUAUGGCGGCCUCCUUCUUCCUGGCGAGGAUUGCGGUCAUUCCAGUCUAUUACAGACAUAUGUACUCUGUCUACGGUACGGAAGCCUUCACCAGGCUCAGCCAGGAUGCUCGCUUCGCCUGGGUGCUCUGCAGCCUCUGCCUAGACGUCAUGAAUGUCAUGUGGAUGCGUAGGAUCCUUCGGGGCUGCCUCAAAGUCCUGCGCUCCGGGCGUGUCCGGGAAGCAGCAAUGGAACUGGAAAGCAGGAAGAUGGACUGAGAGACAGAGAUUGAGAUUAAGAUUAUAUGGAAAAGAGGGUGGUGUGUUUGUUCAGAACCAGAAAUGUGAUUUUGACAAGUAAUUGAAGUGUCUUGAAUGGUGUGAGAUGUGGAAAAGUAUUUUGCCUGUUUGUGUAACACCGCCCUCUACCUGCAGGAACCAAACAUGAUAGUCAAAAACCCAAGCAAGCCAGUUUUUAUUGUGAAUCUGUUUUAGUUCCAUCAGAUACCACUGAAGAAAAGUUACAGCAUUAAUUUUAAAAAGUAGACAACAUCAUAGGGCAAAAAUAUUUUACUGGAGUUUAUAAGGCAUUUGCGACUCUAAAUAUUGACUGUGCCUACUGAUACUGCACGUGCAUACAGUUAUUGUGUAUUUUAAAUGAAAAGUUUUAAUGUUUGCUUUAAAUGAACUCACAGUUCAACAGAGUAAUUUGAAGGGUCACAGAUGCACAUCUGGACAAUCAAAAACAAUGAUAGUGCUUACACUAGUCAUUGCUAAGCUGCUAUGAAGCUAAACCAAACUUGCCUUCAUUAUAACGGAUGCAAUAAACACAGCACAGCAGCAACACAUUUUAGCCUAAGGAAGUGUGUCAGCUGACUGCUCUACAGCUCAGAAUAUGAACAAUGAUGGAGUCGAUGACCUAUCUUACCUGUUACUUAAAUGACAAUGCAUGUCUAUAUAAAAUGUAAAACUUUGUGGAUUACGCUACAUGUUUUAGCCAAGUACCUACUUGGAUAAACAAGGAUUUAGGUAUUUAACAUACUUUAUCUCUUAUAUAUAUAUAUAUAUAGGGACUUGGACCCUGA